GCGGGCACUGUUUCUUCUGACCCGAGGCGCCUGUCAACGUUAUCAUUCCGAGCCGAAGCAGGAAGUGACGACACUACUGGUGUGCGCCGGGCGCUGUUUCUUCUCUGGCUCCAGGACCGGCGGCGGCGGCGCAGGGUGUUUUAAUUCAAAUGGGUGAUGAAAAGGACUCUUGGAAAGUGAAAACUUUAGAUGAAAUUCUUCAGGAAAAGAAACGAAGGAAGGAACAAGAGGAGAAAGCAGAGAUAAAACGCUUAAAAAAUUCUGAUGACCGGGAUUCCAAGAGGGAUUCCCUUGAAGAGGGGGAGCUGAGAGAUCAUCGCAUGGAGAUCACGAUAAGGAACUCUCCAUAUAGAAGAGAGGAUUCUAUGGAAGACAGAGGAGAGGAAGAUGAUUCUUUGGCUAUCAAACCACCACAGCAAAUGUCUCGGAAAGAAAAAGCUCAUCACAGAAAAGAUGAAAAGAGAAAAGAAAAACGUAGGCAUCGCAGCCAUUCAGCAGAAGGGGGAAAGCAUGCAAGAGUGAAAGAAAAGGAACGAGAACACGAACGUCGGAAACGACAUCGAGAAGAACAGGACAAAGCUCGCCGGGAGUGGGAAAGACAGAAGAGGAGAGAGAUGGCGAGAGAGCACUCCAGGAGAGAGAGAGAUCGCCUUGAGCAGUUAGAAAGGAAGCGAGAACGGGAGCGCAAGAUGCGAGAGCAGCAGAAGGAGCAACGAGAGCAGAAGGAGCGUGAGCGGCGGGCUGAGGAGCGGCGCAGGGAGCGCGAGGCCCGCAGGGAAGGCUCUGCACAUCAUCGAACGGUGCGGGAGGACUAUGGUGACAAGACCAAGGCCGGCCACUGGAGCCGCAGCCCGCUCCGGCAGCCCAGGGAGCGCUUCGAGCUGGGAGACAGCCGCAAGCCAAUAAAAGAAGAGAAAAUGGAAGAAAGAGACCUGCUGUCCGACCUGCAGGACAUCAGUGACAGCGAGAGGAAAACCAGCUCAGCAGAGUCCUCCUCAGCAGAAUCAGGGUCCGGUUCUGAGGAGGAGGAGGAGGAGGAGGAAGAAGAAGAGGAGGGGAGCACCAGUGAAGAAUCAGAGGAGGAGGAGGAGGAGGAGGAGGAGGAGGAGACUGGGAGCAACUCUGAGGAGGCCUCAGAGCAGUCAGCAGAAGAAGUAAGUGAGGAAGAAAUGAGUGAGGAUGAAGAGCGAGAAAAUGAAAACCACCUCUUGGUUGUUCCAGAGUCACGAUUUGACCGAGAUUCCGGGGAAAGUGAAGAAGGAGAGGAAGAAGUGGGUGAGGGCAGCCCGCAGAGCAGUGCCCUAACAGAAGGGGACUAUGUGCCCGACUCCCCAGCCUUGUCACCCAUCGAGCUCAAGCAGGAGCUGCCUAAGUAUCUGCCCGCCCUGCAGGGCUGCCGGAGCGUGGAGGAGUUCCAGUGCCUGAACAGGAUUGAGGAAGGCACCUAUGGGGUGGUGUACAGGGCAAAGGACAAGAAGACAGAUGAAAUUGUGGCUCUGAAGCGGCUGAAAAUGGAGAAGGAGAAGGAGGGCUUCCCAAUCACAUCGCUGAGGGAAAUCAACACCAUCCUCAAAGCUCAGCACCCCAACAUUGUCACUGUCAGGGAGAUUGUGGUGGGCAGCAACAUGGAUAAAAUCUACAUCGUGAUGAACUACGUGGAGCAUGACCUUAAGAGCUUGAUGGAGACCAUGAAGCAGCCCUUCCUGCCAGGGGAGGUGAAGACCCUGAUGAUCCAGCUGCUGCGUGGGGUGAAGCACCUACAUGACAACUGGAUCCUGCACCGAGACCUGAAAACAUCCAACCUGCUGCUGAGCCACGCAGGCAUCCUCAAGGUGGGUGACUUUGGGCUAGCACGGGAGUAUGGGUCCCCUCUGAAGGCCUACACCCCUGUGGUGGUGACCCUGUGGUACCGUGCUCCAGAGCUCCUGCUUGGUGCCAAGGAGUACUCCACCGCCGUAGACAUGUGGUCAGUGGGCUGCAUCUUCGGGGAGCUGCUGACUCAGAAGCCUCUGUUCCCUGGGAAGUCGGAAAUCGAUCAGAUCAACAAAGUGUUCAAGGACCUGGGGACCCCCAGUGAGAAAAUCUGGCCUGGCUACAACGACCUCCCAGCAGUGAAGAAGAUGACCUUCAGCGAAUACCCCUAUAACAACCUCCGCAAGCGCUUUGGGGCCCUGCUAUCGGACCAGGGCUUUGAUCUCAUGAACAAGUUCCUGACCUACUAUCCUGGGAGGAGGAUCAAUGCUGAAGAUGGCCUCAAGCACGAGUAUUUUCGAGAGACCCCCCUCCCCAUCGAGCCCUCCAUGUUCCCCACGUGGCCUGCCAAGAGCGAGCAGCAGCGGGUGAAGCGGGGUACCAGCCCACGCCCCCCAGAGGGAGGCCUGGGCUACAGCCAGCUGGGCGAUGACGACCUGAAGGAGACUGGCUUCCAUCUCACUACCACAAACCAGGGAGCCUCAGCCGCAGGCCCUGGCUUUAGCCUCAAGUUCUGAAGGUCCGAGCAGCCCAGCUAAGACCCAGCCUCAGGGAGUAGGGACCCCAACCCUGAUGUGGACACAGCUGCUAUGGCUGGAGGCACCCAAGCCUUGGAAUGCCUUGUCUUGCUUGGUUUUCCAUGUUUUAUUUUUAUAUUAUUUUGGUUUGUAAAUUUGUAGCAUUAAAUCACAUUUUCCUUGUGGAGGGAAGGCUGCAUGUGUCAGGGACCUCUGACUCGCCCCGUGGGGCAGCUCCCCCACACACAGGGUGGGCUGGGCCGCAAUGUGGACAGAGCUGGGGGUGUCUACUUCUCAGUCUUCAGGGAUGGAGACCUGUUUAUGCACUGGGAUGAGCAAGGUCUUCCUGCCCCUUACCUGCGUGUCUGAACUACCUCUGUCCCCACAGCCCUCAGCCCCUGGUUUGCAGCAGCCUCAGCCACCGAAAAUUUUUAAACAUAGGUUGUUAGAAGUCUUUAAAUGUAGUAAAAUACUCUUGGAAGAA